CAAAAAAGUUGUUAUAAAUGUAAACAAACAACAAAUUCAAAUUUCAAACCAAACUCUUUGGAUAAAUUAAAUAUAAUAUAAUAUUUUAUGCCUUAUAAUGAUCUUUCCGAAUGUAUUAACUAUUUUUACAUAUAUUUCGAUACCAGUACUUAUAUUUGGAGAAGAAGUCUGUUAUAGAAAUAAAUUGGAUAAUUGUGAUACCAAAAAAAUGCCAGCUUUCCGAUAUUUAUUCUAUGAUGUCAAUCCAUCGGAAGGUUUUAAUCUUCGCAGAGAUGUUUACAUGCGAAUGGCAGUUUUGGCUCAUAAAUUGAAACACUCAAAUGAUCCUAUAUUGAAUAGUUUUCUAUUAGUUUUACCCCCUUGGUCUCACCUCAUGCAUUGGGGUUACAGCGAAGACCCCGAACAAAUUCCAUGGUCGACAUUUUUUGAUAUUAGCAGUUUACAAAAAUUUGCUCCUGUCAUUGAAUUACAUGAAUACUUUAGUUAUUUGAAAAAUAAUAAAUACACAAAAAGUAUCCUCGAUAAGGUUUACAUACUUCAGCAUUACGAAGAUAUGUUUGAAAGUGGUAAUUUUGUGGAUAAAUGGAGUGUUGAAAAAUGCCAGAAGCCUCCUAAACUCAGAUUUUUUCAUUAUACUAAUAUUACCUCAAAUAAUGUCCAAUGUUUGUCCUUUCACGGACCGGCGACCAAAUUGUCUGAGGUUUUAAAGCAAGACAAGUCAAGAACAAUUAUGUUAGAACAUGCUGAAGUAGCUUUACACGAUAUGUUUGGUAGUCAAAUUUAUUGGCAAGCACGAAGAAGUAUGAGAUUUAAUUUUGAAUUAAGAGCAAUAGCUAAUGAAUUUAGACAACUUUAUUUGAAUUCAAGUGAUAAAGAUGAUAAUACGUAUUUAGCAAAAGAUUGGAAAGAUGACAAACCUAAAAGAAAUGCAAUUGGCGGGCCCUACCUAGCAGUGCACCUCAGAAGAAGAGAUUUUUUGAGAGGCCGGCCUGAUGAUGUUCCCGAUUUAAAAAGAGUAGCUGAGCAAAUAACUGAAAAGUUAGAGGAACUUGAACUUAGCAAAGUGUUUGUUGCUACUGAUGCACCACAAAAAGAAUACGAUGAAUUAAACUCUCUUCUAUUGCCAAAGUAUGAAAUCUAUAAAUACACAGCCAGCAAAACUGUAGAAAAGAAAUAUUCUGCGGGUGGUGUAGCGAUUGUAGACCAAAUAAUAUGUUCCUAUGCUCGUUAUUUUAUUGGGACUAGCGAAAGCACUUUUUCAUUUAGAAUACAAGAAGAGAGGGAAAUUCUAGGAUUUCCUACCAAAGUUACUUUUAAUGUAUUGUGCAAGGACAAGAAAAAAUGCAAAAAACCUUCACUAUGGAAAAUUGUAUAUUGAAUAUAUUGUUUGAAAUAAAGUUAUAAUAAAAAUCGUUUCUAAGCUAAUUUUUUACCCUCAAGUAUUUAACCACUGAAUUAGGCUUACCAUACUAAAUGACAUAUAGUUAUUCGACUUAUUAAAUUUCAAUUCCCUUAUAGACUGCUCCUUCUUCCGGUGAAUCUAAACGAACUCUAAUAUGUUCUAAAGUAUUAUUAAAGUGCUUAGUUAUUUGUUCAGUUUCAUCUGAACUUUCCAAAUUCGGGAGUUCUUCCUUAAUUUUCUUGAUAACUUGAUUUAAAAUCUCAAUAUUCACUUGAUCAUUGUCUUUUUCGUAGAAGUAAAUGUAAUGGUUUAGAAGUUCUACAAAAAGUUGCACUUGAACGCUUACGUCCAUACAUUGUUUGGCAAUUCUUAGGCCUUUUUUGAGACACUCCACCA